UAAAAAUCCAUCAUGGCGAACACGUGUGGAAAAAACUUUUAAAAUCGUGUUUGGACUGUUAAACAUUUCCUUUUAAACAUAAACUCAAAGAUUGAAGGAUGACAUCUCUAGAACCAAAACCAGCCAAAAAGAAGCAGAGAAAAAGAGAUCUCAAAUUUCCUGAAGAUCAGUCAACAAAAAAAGAAACAUUUACUUUGGAUGUUGAUAAGAUCAUUAGGACUAAAAACUUCAGUAGGGGACCAGAUAUAAAAAAGAAUUAUACUUUUAGUGGUGAGAAAGGACAUCGUAAGAAGGAUAAAGGUGUUAAGAAUGUUUUACCAAAUAAAAGUUCACAGACUCAAAUAUUAAAAGGAAAGGGUUUGAAAAACCAGACAGGGAGAUUACAAGGAACACAACAGAAACAUGGCAAACCGAUAAAGAGCAGAUUUCAAGACCGAAAGACUGACCCCUAUCCUGGUGAUGCUCCUAUCCCAAUCCAGAGGCUACAGAAAUACAAAAGAGGCGAGGAUAAAUAUCUGGGAGAUAUGAAGAACCAAUUUGAAACAAAAAAGCUUAAAUUCAGGGAAAAGAAGAUUUCAGAUGCAGUUAAACAGGCAGCAAGGACAGAGACAUUACUCAAUGAACAGCCAGGGUUCUUGGAGGUGGGGGCUGAUGAAGACAUUACGACAAUUACACAGCAUGACAUCUCAAAUGCAGUUGACAUCACCAGUGCACAGAAGUACUUUGAGUUAAAGCUUAAGCAAUUUGGUCCCUAUAGAGCUAAUUAUAGUAGGAAUGGAAGAUACCUCCUAAUGGCUGGCAACUUGGGCCAUGUGGCUGCUAUGGACUGGCAGACCAAGAAACUCAUGUGUGAAUUCAAUGCAAUGGAGGCAGUCACAGAUGCCAAAUGGCUGCACAUAGAGACAAUGCUAGCUGUUUCUCAGAAGCAAUGGACAUACAUAUACGACAACCAAGGUUUAGAGCUACAUUGCCUUAAAGUCAUGGACAGUGUUCUGAAACUAGAAUUCCUGCCGUAUCACUUUCUGCUUGUUGGAGCUAAUGCCAGGGGCUAUCUCAGCUGGUUAGAUGUAAGUAUUGGCCAAAAGGUUGCAGGCUUCCAGACCAGUAUGGGACGCUUGGACGUCAUGUGCCAGAAUCCAGCUAAUGCAAUAAUACAUCUGGGACACACAGGAGGGACUGUAACAUUGUGGUCUCCUAACAUCAAAGAGCCUCUAGUGAAGAUGCUAUGUCAUGGUGGAGCAGUUAGGGCUGUAGAUGUGGACCAUACUGGCACGUAUAUGGCUACAUCAGGGGUAGACAGGAAGCUCAAAAUAUGGGAUCUGCGCAUGUAUAAGUCAGUACAUGAGUACAGGAUAGGUGGCGGUGCUGGUCAACUCUCCUUCAGUCAACGUGGGCUCCUAGCUGCUGGUAUAGGAAGUGUUGUAGAGGUUUACCAAGAUCCAUGCAGAAAUGUUGUUGAGUCUCCAUAUUUGCGCCAUCAGUGUCCUCGUACUGUGGCAUCCACACAGUUCUGUCCUUAUGAGGAUGUUCUAGGGGUGGGCCAUGGUGGUGGUUUUUCUAGUCUUCUAAUACCUGGUGCUGGAGAGCCAAACUUUGAUGCUUUAGAAGCAAACCCAUUCCAGAGCAAGAAACAGAGACGUAAUGCAGAGGUCCAGAUGUUACUGCAAAAGAUUCAACCAGACAUGAUCACAGUGGACACAAGUGCACUGGGGAAAGUUGAUGUCAAGACUUACGCAGAGAAAAUUGAGGAAAGAAAUAAACUACUGUUCCUGAAACCAGAAACAAUAGAGUUUGAACCUAGACAUAAGAAAAAAGGCCGUAGCAAAACUGGGCAUCACGAGAACAGAAAGCAGGGAUACAAGGAAGAAAUGAAGAGAGAGUUUAUUAAAGACAGAGUGCAGGAAAAACUAGAUGAAGCAACAAGAAAGCGAGAAGAGAAGAAAAACAGAGACACUGAGCAGGGUAAACCUAAAGGCGGAGCCCUCAGUAGGUUUGCUAAAAGCUGAAAUGAAGAUACUGAUAAUAAAUAGAAAUGAGAUUUACAAAAAAUGAAUAAUAUGGUGGAAUAGAAUGUACAUGUAUAUGGAAUCUAAACAAACUCCAUUUUUGAAAUAAAAAGCAAAAUAAGAUGCUGUUUAAAACAUAUUAUGUUGUUUAUCUAUUUCAAGGUCACUACAGUAUGAUACACAGUAAAACCUGAACAUAAUGAACACCUAUGGUUCCACAAAAAGUGUUCACUGUAAGGAGGUGUUCAAUACAGAGAAGGGAUUUUAUACAGGAGUCAUUGUAAAAUGUUUGUUGAAGUGGUAUUUACCAAAUGCAUGUGUUCACUAGGGAGAGGUAUUCACUUAAGACAGGUUUUACUGUAUCGCAACAUGUACCAUUAUGUGU